AUGAUCCAGAAGAAAGCUCAGGCUAAACUGACUCAUGGGGCAAAAGCCAGUCGCAGUGGUCCAGAAAUGUCUCACUUUUUCUUUGCAAAUGACAGUUUACUCUUUACUACAGCCUCUCGGCAGGAAUACCUGACUAUAGUUGAUACUCUCAACAAAUAUGAGCUAGCAUCCGAGCAGAAAAUUAACUAUGAGAAGUCGGAGGUUUCUUUCAGCAAAGGAGUCAGUUCUACUACUAGAGAAGAGUUGAAAAAUGUUUUGAAUAUGCGGCAGGUUGAGCAACAUGCGAAGUAUCUUGGUAUCCCCUUUAUCUUGGGUAGGUCAAAGAAGUCUAUCUUUGAUUCUCUUCUAGAUAGAAUUUGGAAGAAACUCCAAGGUUGGAAGGAAAAGUUAUUGUCUCGAGCAGGGAAAGAAAUCUUGUUGAAAUCUGUAAUUCAAGCUCUCCCCACUUAUCUUAUGGGAGUUUACAAACUCCCUUCUUCCAUCAUUCAGAAGAUCCACUCAGCUAUGGCUCGAUUUUGGUGGGGUUCCUCGGACACUCGUUGGAAAAUUCAUUGGCUAAAUUGGGAUUCGAUGUGCACUCUAAAAUGCUUGGGGGCAUGGGUUUUAAAGAUUGAGUGUCUUCAAUGA